AAAAAAAAUAAAUAUCCUCGAGCUCAACAUCUUUUUUUUAUUUUAUGGAAGAAAAUAAAUCGGAAUAUAGUUUUUACGAUGUUUACACCCGGAACAAAAAAGUAUGUUAUUGGCGAAACGUAGAUCUAGGAUUGAGUGAAACUGUGUUCCUGUACAGUGGGAGUUUAUUAUGUGACUUUGAAGUAAAUCACACAUAAAGAUUAAGGUCGGCACUAUGUACCUCUAUCUACGACAAGGCGACGUUUUGAACCUGAUUUCUGGUGUUGUUCUGAAGGAUGGAUACCGUCCCGUGGUGGGAGAGGUGGGAAAUGACCUUCAACUGGAACCCGCCAUUUGGUUCAAAUCUCUUAUCAUCGACGCCAUCUUAAUUGACUGUGAUCGAAGACAAGUUCGAUGGAGUCGCGCACGCAUAAAGCCGGGGGAGCGGAUCAGCGAGGAAAUCGAUGACGUAUCUAUAAUUUGCGAGCCGGACAAUGUCAUCAGAGCAAAACACUUCGACACCCCUGUCUUCGAAGAUUACGAUUACAGUGAAUUAGAUCCAAAAGCUCACGAAAUAUUUGAAGCAACGAGACAAUUGUUGCUCAAUAUGAAAAAGAGAGAGCUGAAUGAGGAACAAUUUAAAACAGAAUUGUUAAGAUUGCUCCAUUGCUAUAUCAUGCCAUCUAUAUCGUUAUCAACAGAUGACAUUACAAAUCUUAAAAAUGCGCUUUUACGGGUUCAGAACCAGCUACAGAGCAUUGACAAAAUUAUUCUGAAGAAAGACAGAGCCGUUCAGUUGACAGAGUCUUCUAUGGCCAAGCAACGUGAGACUUUAUUGGAACGGGAAGAUUUUACAAGUGAAAAGCACAUAUUGUCUUGCAGUCCCAAAUUCAUACAAGCAUUCGAAAGGCAAAUUGGAAAAGAUGUCGAGGAAACUUGGCAGACAAUGGAAGUCAUGCAGAAAAAAGUGAAUGAAUUGAAGCGGGAUAGCUGUACCUCCACGGAACUGGAACAAGUCAGAAAAGAGCGAGACAUGUGCUACGAGAAGUGGGAGAAACUCAAAGUAGUGAAGGAAACCAUUAAGGAAGCCAGACUUAGGCGCAAAAAAUCCAACAAACGAGUAUCAAAGUUCGAAACGUCAAAUGUGUUCCACAACGUCUACAUUGAGAUAAAUGAACGACUCCAGACAGAAAAGGAAGAAAUUCAUAAACUGUGUUUACACAAAGUCCAAAUUUCCUCUGUCCGAGAAGCAAUCGAGUUAGCGCUGGAUGAAUUAAAGACUGAUGGUCAGACGUUAGGCUGGCAGAUGAAAUCUGACGGAACCCCUGAAAACGACAUCAAUGGCAUGAGCUGCAAGCCAAAAGACUGGUUCACUCUAGAAGAGACGAUUUCGGCCAUUUUGGCUGAUGUCAAACAUGACGUAACACAGAAGCACGUUCGAUUCUGCUCAGGAAUACAAGACAAGAUUGUCUCGACCUUGAGAGAGAAUCAACUAUUUGAAAACCAAGUCAAUCCCAUAGAAGAAGACCUGUCAGUAUUUUCCUCUAGUUUUGUCCACAUUGAACAUGACCUUAUAGCUUCAGGUGAUCGAUGUAGAGAACGAAGAUCCAGACUAGGACACUCAACAAUGUGUAUUCCAGAAGAUGACACUCAAGACAUUCCAAGAAGACGAGAAACAGUUUACCAGUCACUCAUCAAUACAGUUAAACGAGAAAUAAACGAACAUAUGGGAAAUAUGGUAGAAUUACUAUCACAAAUUAACCCUGAACAUACUCGCGUUGGGGGAAACACGAGCGGAAAGAUAUUGAUUUGCUACCAAAAUCAUCUAUGUCAUAAAAUUAUGGAGCCUUUAGAAUCAUUGUAUGACAAAACGUACGGCAGUAUAUGUAUCAGUGUGUUCAACAAAGUGAAGGAUAUGUCUUUUGAGGAGCUUGGGAUUGACGAGCCCUGGAUACGUCAUCUUAACGAUCUAUCGUCUUCACCUGUCCACGUGACAGAUGUUAAGGUACCUGUCGAGACUAUUUCCUUAACUAGCGUGCGUUCCAUAACGUCUGAUCUCAGUUUGUUCUCUAUCGGAAAAAUGCCCAUCGAUGAACUCUAUCGGCGGGCCGAAAAGGAGGGCUCAAAGCUGGAGAAUGACAUAGAGACUGUUGAGUACGCCAGUCCUUUCCCUGAGGAUUCAGAACUGACCCACCCCAAGAACAUGCUGGGCGCCUCUCCAUCGAGGGAGAGUGAUACAAUAGCCUUUCAUGAGCCUCCGCCGUCCUACGAAGAAUCUUCGAAGUUACCGCCCUGUUAUGAACAGAAAAGCUCCGCCAGUCAAAUAAAUCAGGAGGAAGGUCAGAGCCUGUACGAUAUUUUACAGCCUGGCCUGGAUAUGAUCCACUCUUUAGUGAGGGAGAACACCAUAACGGGUAAACUGAAGCUAAUCACCAAGACGUACCGGUUUGUUGGUGAUCAGGUGUCGACGCUGAAGUCCGCGGCCUCGCUUCAGGAUUUCGUGGGUUGUUGUGACGAACUCCUCACUCUCCUGAUCGUGUUACUCACGUACCUCAACGAAGAAGAUUUCAGAAGACUCUAUGUUCAGAUGUACAUGGUGCUCGACUUUAAGCCUCAGUGCAUGCUAGGUGGCGUGCACGACUGUUCCCUUACUAACUUUUUCGCGGCAUUUCAGUAUCUUCAGGAUCGAUUAGUCAUGCAGAAUGUGAGAAAAAGUAAUACAGACGAGCACUAAUUCAAAAAUAAGGAAAGAUCAUGUUUCUGGUGAAUGUUAAUUUAUAUAUCAUGUGCCAAAUGCUUUCAUAGGACGUAUAGCUUCAUUGUAGAUUGCUUCGCAAAAGCCUUCUUUGUUUUAUCUUUUCUUUGUUGAUCAAAAAUAAGAACAAACCUUUACCUGUAACAAGCUGAGAUUUACUUUUGUGGAGCUCUGUUGGUUGUUUUUACUUCUUUAUUGAGUUUUUAAUAUAUUUUGUUGUGAUAUACAGUGUAUAAGGAUGGUGUGUUUACAACCAUUUUAUUGCUACUUUUACGUGGACAUAACUCGUUUUAUUUAUAGUUUCAACAAUACUUGGUUUUUGUGUUGUUUUAUGAAGAACAUUUGUUUUACCGAAUCGAUCGUUGUCUUUAUUAUCUCUAAUGAUCAAAAUGUAAGCACACAGAUACUGUAGUAUUUUGAUAGCUAUAGGUACAUGCGACCCAGCUUAUUUACUAGUGUUUACAUUUGUAUAUAAAUAAAUAUUGCUUUAGUCACACUUGAAAACGAUUGUUUUAAAAAUUGCAUAAUAGAUCACGAUAUUGAUAUGAUCAUGAGAUUGUGACAAUAUCAAAGUUCUAAUAUUUAUUGCGGAUUGUUGUAGUUAUUUAUAUAUCGAAACAUUGUAUUUGUUUUGCUGAAUGGAAUAAAAACGAUUUUUAAAAUCA